AUGGAUUUGGCUGCUUCAAAGUGUGCCAUCUGCGACAUCUAUUGUGUGUCUCCGCAUGAGCGCUCGGUCCCGUCGUUGCAAGUGCACGGCUUCAAGAUGGGAUCCAACCAAUCAGCAGCCCCAAUCACCCCCCCUGGACGCCUGGGCGGGGGUCUUGGAAUCGACCUUUCAGCCUCUCCCGCCCCAGAAGACCCGCUAUUUAGCCACUUCUCGCCAAACAAGUGCCGGAAUUGGGGGGGCAAUUGA